GAGCUACCCAUUCCAAAAUUUGCUGUAAACAACACCUUCGCUUCCCAUUGGUAAGCCAAUCAGACAAGGACAACCAGAUCUGCAACCAGUUUUUCGGGGGCAACUUCUCCCUCGGUAUACUGGAUAUGCCACCCGGGUAUGUAUGCGCGAGAGAACCAACUCUCCGAUCCGGUCUUGCUCUUUUCCAGCUCUGUGCUAUAUGCCGCCACACUACCAUAAAACAUGAAGUUUGGCUGCCCCUCGUAUUAGUCUUAACGCUGCUGCCGCCGAGAAAACAUCGCUCUAGAAAAAAACAAAAAACCAAAAAAGAAAACCAACUGUGUGCGGACCGACUGUGUGAAAUUUUGAAAACAACUUCGCAAUGCCACGCCCAUUGAAAAUGAGCUACGGUGAUCAGAAGCCCCCCUACUCGUACAUAUCAUUAACGGCCAUGGCCAUUAUACAUUCGCCGCAACGAUUGCUGCCGCUCAGUGAGAUAUAUCGAUUUAUUAUGGAGCAGUUUCCGUAUUACCGGAAAAACACGCAAAAAUGGCAAAACUCAUUGCGGCACAAUCUGAGUUUCAACGAUUGUUUCAUCAAAGUGCCACGGAAUGUGACUAAAGCCGGCAAGGGAUCAUAUUGGACUCUCCAUCCGAUGGCCUUUGAUAUGUUUGAAAAUGGCAGUUUACUGAGAAGGAGGAAGCGUUUCCGUGUCAAACAACUGGAAAAGGAUAUAUCAAACUGGAAAUUAGCCGCCGCCAAUACAGAGAUGGCCGUCUCCCAUUACCUGGACGACCAGCUAACGCAGAUGGCCUUUGCUGAUCCAGCGCGGAAUGGUCAUGGUAUCCCCACCAACUUUGAUCUUGGAAAUCCAUCAGCUGCUCAGAUAUCGCCUUAUAAAGGCAUUCCGCCGAUCCUUCCAUCAACUAUAACUCAACUUCCGGUGCGGCCAAAGCGUGCUUUUACCAUCGAGAGUCUUAUUGCUCCGGAUCCAACGAAUACGGCUAGUGAGGGAUUAGUGCAUAUGGAUUACGCUAGUCCUCCAGAAGCCGACGCGUUGAAAAAGCCGCCGUUCAAUUUGCCAUUCAAUUUUCACGAACUUGCCGCGCAGUACCACAUGUACUUUCCAAGUUUUUUGUACAACGGCCAAUAUGGCAACAUACCUUGCUACCAGAAAACACCGCCGCUUUUUCAUAACGGCCCGCUGCCGGUCUUUUGAUUCUGAAAAGUUAUAGUUAUCCCUAGAGUUAAAUAAUACUAUAUACUCGUAUCUGAAGCAUACUCAUUAGUGGUCCUAUUAUUAUUAUAAUUUUAUGUUAUUUACUUGUGUACUCAUUUUAUUUAAACAAAAACCGUAUUGUAAACAGUUGAGUUUGGAAGAUCUCUAAAGUCAAUAAAGAACUGCCCAUACUAUAUCUAAUAUUUGUUAACUAAUUGCUAUAUUAUAUUAACAAAUAGAAAGAAAGAAAAUGAAGAUUUUCUCUUAUAUAUUCAUUAUUUUAAGUUUGCCGUCAGAGGAAUGCCUACAAAAAUAAUAAUAGUUAUCUCAGUAAACUCUUUGGCUUUUCCACAUGAAGGUAAUACCGCUGUCUAACAUCUAAUCUAUUGUUUGUUUCCUUAGAUGAUUAUAGCCCGAAAACAAACUACAGGUUGUAAAUACAUAAAUAGACCUCGAUUAAUUCGAUUACAGGUCGAAAAUAGGGCCGCAAUGGUUAACUGCCUUCCUACCUUGUUUUGCAAAUCAUUUGCAUCUUACACAUGCACACCACACGUAUUCGAAUUGCCUUUGUUUCCAUUAGCUGUCAAUCAUCCUUACAUAUGUUUGACUUCCACCCUAGUUGGAUACUUCGCUCUCGUUACCAUCCAUCCGUCUAUCCACAUACAUAAACCAUGCUCCUCCGGAGGAAGGAGCAGCGGGGUUAUCGGUCGAUACGGCGAGGAAUGUAGUUUGUUAUGUCUUACAAGGAAGGCAGGUUGGACUUGUAAGCCGAUUUUAAAAAUACUCUCGAAUACUAGACUUCUCUGAAUAUAAUUUUCUAUAUCUACUCUAUAAGAUUUUCAAAUAAUAAUUUGGAGUUUCUUUUAUUUUA